UCUACAGCACAUCUCGUGCAGGCAUCGGCAACCGGAGGGGGCAGGGCGCGGUGGAAAACAGGGGCAAAGCUCCGCCCCUUUCCUUGACAGUUCUCAAACAGGUCCGCUACCAGACAAUAUAGGGGGAGCGCAAGGAGGUACAGCAACUUGCUUACUGUGCUUCGCGGAGAGCGGUGGCUUGAGGGGUGGAGCAUUAUGUCUGGUCGCGGCAAAGGGGGUAAGGGCUUGGGGAAGGGGGGUGCUAAGCGGCAUCGUAAGGUGCUUCGUGAUAACAUUCAAGGUAUUACGAAGCCAGCUAUUCGUCGUUUGGCGCGCCGUGGUGGUGUAAAGCGUAUAUCCGGAUUGAUCUAUGAAGAAACCCGAGGAGUACUUAAAGUGUUUUUAGAGAACGUCAUUCGUGAUGCUGUCACUUACACUGAGCACGCUAAGCGGAAGACUGUGACUGCUAUGGAUGUGGUGUAUGCUUUGAAACGCCAGGGUCGCACACUCUACGGAUUCGGGGGCUAAGUUUCCAUUCGGCUUCGAAAUUGAAACAUUCUCAGAAACACAAAGGCUCUUUUAAGAGCCACCCACACUUUCACAAUGAGAGCUCAAGCGCUAAUGAUCUCUUAAACGAGAGAGGGAGGGGGAGGGACUGUAAAUUAAGCAUACUUCGUUAAAUGGGG